AUGGACCUGAUAUAUUGUUUCGCCGUUUUACUUCGGCAGCCCUUUCCGCAAAUGUUGAAUGGAUUAUUAAAUGCGGAUGCUAUUCAUAGAGAUCUGCAUUCAGGAAAUAUAUUAUAUCGUAAGGAUACCAACGAGUGGUUUAUUGGUGAUCUCAGAUUUUGUGGGCCUAUUGAUAAACCUUUAAAAAGCGUAUAUGGAAAUUUUCCUUACAUAGCACCAGAAGUUAUGUUUGGAAAAGAAAGUACUAAAGCAUCAGAUAUUUACAGUAUAGGAAUGCUUAUGUGGGAGAUUUCAUCUGGACAACCACCCUUUGCUUAUUUUGAUCAUAAUUAUGAUCUUGUAAUGAAUAUAGUAAAUGGAAUGAGACCAAAUAUAGUUUCAGGCACUCCAAUAGAGUAUAAGGAAUUAAUGAUACAAUUCUACUCUGAUAAAUCCUUGAAUUCUGAAGAAAUUAAUCGACAACAAUCCGACUUUACCUUGUUCCUGCUAACUAAAUGA